GCAAGUCGAUGCCCCGUGGGUCUUCGGUGUGGAGACGCGGGAUCGGAAGAACCGGGAUGCACUCCGCGACCACCUUGCAGCCCACGGCAUUGAGACCAGGAAUUAUUUCUACCCCCUCCACCUGGAGCCCGUGAACUUCUACGGGGACGACGUGGGGAUUUAUGACGUGGAGCUGCCGCACUCCGAGCACUUGGCUCAGGUGGGCUUCUACCUGCCUACGCACUCCUUCUUGGAGCGGGUGGACACGCAGUACAUUUGCUCCGUCAUCAAGGCCUACUUUCAGCCCGCCUCCGCGGUCGGCGAGUCUCCUCGGAACAAGGGCUGGGCCGACAAGGAGAGAAGCAAGAUUUUGCAAGCCAGCUGA